AUGGCUGCGCAAGGGCUGCCUAUCAAGUUUCAGGAGCUCGUCCAGCUGACGAAUGUGGGCAUCAACCCGCAGUUCAUCUCCUUCGCCUCGCUGACGAUGGAGUCCGAGAAGUACAUCUGCGUCCGCGAGGAGGUGAACGGGCAGGUGCAGGUGGUGAUCAUCGACAUGGCGACGCCGACGGAGCCGCAGCGCCGGCCGAUCACAGCCGAGUCGGCGAUCAUGAACCCGGUGUCCAAGGUGAUCGCGCUCAAGGCGAACAACUAUCUUCAGAUCUUCAACAUGGAGAUGAAGUCGAAGAUGAAGUCCCACCAGCUCACCGAGCCCGUCGUCUACUGGAAGUGGAUCUCUCCGUCGACCGUCGCGCUCGUGACGGGCAACGCCGUCUACCACUGGUCGAUGGAGGGGCAGUCGGAGCCCGUCAAGAUGUUCGACCGGCACGCGACGCUCAACGACACCCAGAUCAUCAACUACAAGACCUCCGCCAAGGAGAACUGGAUGGUGCUGGUCGGCAUCAAGUCCGAGCCGGGCACCAACCGCAUCAUCGGCGCGAUGCAGCUCUACUCCAAGGAGAAGAACGUUUCGCAGCCGAUCGAAGGCGCAUCGCCGUCACUCGCCUCGUCGUACCGCGCCCGCCACGCGGCCGCCUUCCACGAGAUGAAGUGCGACGGCGCCACCUCCGACUCCACUCUCUUCACCUUCGCCGCCAAGACCGCCGCCGCCGCCAAGCUCCACGUCAUCGAGGUUGCGCCGGGGGCGCGCGAGCCGGGCGCUGCGCCCUUCGGCAAGAAGAACGCGGACAUCUACUUCCCGCCCGAGGCGGCGCAGGUGCUCUGCGUGACGGUGGACGAGGCGAACAUCGUGCCCUACAUCUGCAAGCAGCUCAACAACUACCCCCUCGCGCUCAAGCUCGCCGUCCGGAACAACCUCCCCGGCGCCGAGCAGCUCUUCGGGCAGCAGUUCAACCAGCUGAUGAACGCGCAAGACUACAAGGGCGCGCAACAACCUCGGACCCACCCCCCCACCCACACACCCACACACCGCCACCGCCGCCGCCACACGCGCGCGGCCAAGCUCGCCGCAGACUCGCCGCAGCAGGUCCUCCGCACGCCGGAGACGAUCCAGCGCUUCCAGGCGGCGCCAGCGGCGCCGGGGCAGCCCUCGCCGAUCCUGACCUACUUCGGCAUGCUGCUCGAGAAGGGCAAGCUCAACGCGAUGGAGUCGGUCGAGCUCGCCCGCCCCGUCAUCCAGCAGGGCAAGCAGGCCCUCCUCCAAAAGUGGAUCUCCGAGGAGAAGCUCGAGUGCACCGAGGAGCUUGGCGACAUGAUCAAGAUGGUCGACGCGCAGCUCGCCCUCUCCGUCUACUUGCGCGCGACCGCAAACCAAAAGGUGAUCCAGUCCUUCGUCGAGACGCAGCAGUUCGACAAGAUCAUGGUCUACUGCCAGAAGGUUGGCUACACGGCCGACUGGGGGCUGCUGCUCACGAACAUCGUGCGCGUCAACCCGCAGGGCGCGCUCGACUUCGCGCAAAAGUUGGCGGCGGCCGACGGCGUCUCGCUCGACUACGGCGUCGUGGCGGACGUGUUCAUGCAGCACAACUGCCUGCAGCAGGCUACGUCCUUCCUGCUCGACGUGCUCAAGGGGGACAAGCCCGAGGAGGGGCCGCUGCAGACGCGGCUGCUCGAGAUGAACCUGAUGGCGGCGCCACAGGCCCGCCGCCCCGCCAUCGCCGAGGCGGGUGUCCGUCGCCGCCUCUCACCUCGCCUCUCACCUCGCCUCUCGCCCGCCUCUGCGCCGCAGGUCGCCGACGCCAUCAUGGCCAACGAGAUGUUCCACCACUACGACCGGCCGCGCAUCGCGAUGCUCUGCGAGAAGGCGGGCCUCGCCGCGCGCGCGCUCGAGCACUACGACAACGUCGAGGACAUGAAGCGCGCCAUGAUGCGCACCGAGCUCAUCCCGCCCGAGUUCCUGGUCAAGUUUUUCGGCACGCUGUCGGUCGAGAAUGCGAUCGAGUGCCUCAACCACCUGCUGCGGACAAACAUGCGGCAGAACCUGCAGACGGUGAUCCAGGUGGCGCGCGAGUACUCGGAGCAGCUGGGCCCCGACAAGCUGAUCGAGAUGUUCGCCACGUACAACUCGUGGGAGGGGCUAUUCUACUACCUCGGCGCCAUCCUCACGCAGACCGAGGACAAGGAGGUGCACUUCAAGUACAUCGAGGCGGCGGCCAAGGUUGGCAACCUGCAGGAGGUCGAGCGCGUGACGCGCGAGGACACGCACUUCGACCCCGAGCGCGUGCGUGACUUCCUCAAGGAGGCGCGGCUGCCCGACCAGCGGCCGCUCAUCAACGUCUGCGACCGGUACGACAUGGUCGAGGACCUGACCCACUUCCUCUACUCGAACAACAUGUCCAAGUACAUCGAGCUCUACGUGCAAAAGGUCAACCCGAUGAAGGCGCCGCAGGUGGCCGGCGCCCUCCUCGACGCCGACUGCUCCGAGGACUUCGUGCGCGCGCUCAUCCUGUCGGUUCGCGCCAUGGCGCCGGCGGAGCAGCUCGUCGAGGAGGUUGAGAAGCGGAACCGGCUCAAGCUGCUGCAGCCGUGGCUCGAGGCGCGCGUCAACGAGGGCGUCCAGGAGGCGCCGGUGCACAACGCGCUCAUGAAGAUCUACAUCGACAUGAACAACCGGCCCGAGGAGUACCUCGCGCAGAACAACUACUACGACUCGAAGGUUGUCGGCGCCUACUGCGAGAAGCGCGACCCGCACCUCGCCUUCCUCUGCUACAAGCGCGGCUCGUGCGACGCGGAGCUGAUCGACGUGACCAACCGGCACGGCCUCUUCAAGCAGCAGGCUCGCUACCUCGUCGAGCGGCAGGACCUCGAGCUGUGGGCCACCGUCCUCACGGAGGAGAACGAGCACCGGCGGCAGCUCGUCGACGCCGUGGUGCAGGUCGCCCUCCCGGAGACCAAGAACCCCGACGUGGUGUCGACCACCGUCAAGGCCUUCAUGACGGCCGACCUGCCCAACGAGCUGAUCGAGCUGCUCGAGAAGAUCGUGCUGCAAAACUCGGAGUUCUCCGACAACCGGAACCUGCAGAACCUGCUCAUCCUCACCGCCAUCAAGGCGGACAAGACGCGCGUGAUGGACUACAUCAACCGCCUCACCAACUUCGACAUGCCCGACAUCGCAAACAUCGCCGUCGGCUCGGAGCUGUACGAGGAGGCGCUCGUCAUCUUCAAGAAGGCGGAGCUGCACCGCGAGGCGGCCAAGGUGCUCAUCGACUACAUCGCCUCGAUCGAGCGCGCCACCGAGUUCGCCGACAAGGUUGACGACCCGGAGGUGUGGACGAUGCUCGGCAAGGCGCAGAUGACGCCCGAGGGGAUCGUCGCGGCCAUCGACGCCUUCAUCAAGGCUGGCGAGACGAGCGAGUACAUGACGGUGAUCUCGGUGGCCGAGCAGGCCAACGAGCCCGCCAAGCUGGUCGAGUACCUGCAGAUGUGCCGCAAGAAGGUCAAGGAGGCGCACAUCGACACGUCGCUCAUCUACGCGUACGCAAAGGCGGAGAUGCACCCGGAGCUCGAGGAGUUCAUCUCGGCGCCAAACGUCGGCCGCAUCCAGGCGAGGCACCGCCCCGCAGGCACCUCCCACACGCGCCUCGACGUUGCCGAGCGCUGCUACGCCGAGGAGAUGUACGUGCCCGCAAAGCUCAUGUUCACCUCCAUCUCCAACUUUGCGCGCCUCGCGACCUGCCUCGUGCGGCUCGGCGAGUUCCAGGCGUCGGUCGACGCCGCGCGCAAGGCGAACUCGACGCGCACGUGGAAGGAGGUCAACGCGUCGUGCGUCGAGGCGGGCGAGUUCCGGCUGGCGCAGAUCUGCGCGCUGCACAUCAUCGUCAACCCCGACGAGGUGGACGAGCUCGUGGGAGUGUACGAGGUCAAGGGCCACUUCGAGGAGAUCAUCGCCGUCAUGGAGGCGGGGCUCGGCCUCGAGCGCGCGCACAUGGGCAUCUUCACGGAGCUCGGCGUGCUCUACUCGAAGUACAAGGAGGAGAAGCUCAUGGAGCACGUCAAGCUCUUCUGGUCGCGCGUCAACAUCCGCAAGAUGCUCAAGGCGUGCGAGGAGAAUGCGCAGUGGGAGGAGCUCGUCUUCCUCCACCUCCACCACGACGAGUUCGACAACGCGGCCCUCGCCAUGAUUGCCCACCCGACCGAGGCGUGGGAGCACCUCAAGUUCAAGGACACGAUCGCAAAGCUGACCAACACCGAGAUCUUCUACAAGGCCAUCACCUUCUACCUCGACUACUCGCCGCUCGAGAUCAACUCGCUGCUCGAGGCGAUGGCCUCGCGCGUCGACCACGUGCGCGUCAUCUCGCAGAUGAAGCGCGCGGGCCACCUGCCGCUCGUGAAGCCGUACCUGCUUACGACGCAGCCCGCAAACAUCAAGGAGGUGAACGACGCGCUCUACGCGCUGUACGUCGAGGACGAGGACCACGAGGCGCUCGCCAAGGGCGUCGUCACCUUCGACAACUUCGACCAGGUCGAGAUGGCGCAGAUGUGCGAGAAGCACUCGCUGCUGCAGUUCCGCCGCAUCGGCGCCAUGCUCUACAAGCGCGCGAAGAAGUGGUCCAAGUCGGUGGAGCUGUCCAAGAAGGACAAGGUGUGGGACGAGGCCAUCGAGACGACGGCCGAGUCGGGCGACUCGGCCAUCGCCGAGGAGCUCAUCAACUUCUUCGUGGAGCAGAAGCUCAACACGUGCUUUGCCGCGGCGCUCUACACGUGCUACGCGCAGCUGCGGCCCGACGUCGUGAUGGAGCUCGCCUGGCGCAACAACCUGAACGACUUUGCGAUGCCCUUCAUGGUGCAGACUAUGCGCGAGAUCACGAAUAAGCUCGACACGCUGGUCGAGAAGGAGCGGAAGAAGGAGGAGGCGGCGGCGGAGGAGAAGAAGAAGGCGGAGCGCGGGCGACCCCAACGCGAUGGUGGUGUACGGCGCGGGCAUGGGCGGCGGCAUGGGCGGCGGGAUGCCGCAGCAAAUGGGAGGGUACGGCGGCGGCGGCGGCUACGGGUAUUGAUGUGCACCGAAGCCCUCCGACCCAGCAGCAGCACCCACUUUGCGGGCCCAUAGGCUGUGGCCCGCGGCUCCGAGUGUCGUCGUCGGAACGCGCGAGUCUCGCGCACACUAGUUCAGGGAGUGUCUCUUUUUGAUGAUGCCUUUAUAUU